GUGAAUGAGCAUGCAGCUGUUGAUUGUCGUGGUCCAGCAAAAUUUGUGGAUUCUUUAAUUGGUACAUGUACAAAAGCAAAUGAUUCAAUUAUAAUUCGUUUACGUGAAAUACCAAUGCUUCCAAAUGAAAUGUCAUAUAAACCGAAUCAUGAUUAUUUUUUUAUAACAACAUCUACUGGUGAUAAAGAUGGUUUAGAGAAUGGUGAGGGAGGUCUUUGUCGAACGAAAAAUAUGAGGUUGAAAAUUCGAGUGAAAUCAAAAUGGACAGAUGUUAGUCAAAAAAACCCGGAAUUUACUGCCAAAAAUGGACCAGUGAUGAUGAUCCCGGUGAAUUCAGGACAAUAUGCUGUCCCUGUUGUUUACGUUCCGGUAGCUGCAUCAUCCGAAGUUAACGAAGGUGAUAGAAAAAAAUCAGUAUUUCCGUAUCAGUUGUAUUUUGGAAAUGGACAGUUUCGAAUCACUAACUCGAACAUAGAAAAUUUAAUACCUCGAGCAG